AUGGCAGCCUCUCAGCUGGCAGCACUGGAAGGAAUGGAGUCAAGGGCAGGGGGGCUGCCCCUGACGGAGGCCAGCCCCAGCUUCCUGUAUUCCGAGGGCCAGCGGCUGGCGCUGGAGGCUCUGCUGAGCGAGGGCGCAGAGGCAUUCGAGGCCUGCGUGCGGCGCGAGGGGCUGCAGCCCUUCCUGAGUGGGGAUGAGAUCCGGGGCCUGGCAGCGGUGGCUGAAGACUGGACAGCAGCAAAGCAGGAGCCCGGCAGGGCAGCAGAGGGAGCCACCACCACCGAUGGGGACUCAGGCAGCCUGACCUACUGGCCUGGACAGUCAGAGGAGCCAGUGCCUGUGCUGCGGCUGGGCUGGCCGGAGGACUCAGCCUGGAAGGGUAUCACCCGGGCGCAGCUGUACACCCAGCCGCCAGGCGAGGGCCAACCGUCCCUCAAGGAGCUAGUGCGCCAGGAAAUCCAGGCUGCCCACAAGCUGGUGGCCGUGGUCAUGGACAUCUUCACUGACCCAGACCUGCUUUCGGAUCUGGUGGACGCUGCCACACGCCGCUGGGUGCCCGUCUACCUGCUCCUGGACCGUCAGCAGCUGCCUGCCUUCCUGACGCUGGCCCAGCAACUGGGGGUGAACCCCUGGACCACUGAGAACCUGGACAUCCGAGUCGUGCGGGGCUGCAGUUUCCAGAGCCGCUGGCGUCGGCAGGUGAGCGGCAACGUGCGAGAAAAGUUUGUGCUGCUGGACGGCGAGAGGGUCAUCUCAGGAUCCUACAGCUUCACAUGGAGUGACUCACGCCUGCACCGCGGCCUGGUGACCCUGCUGACCGGUGAGAUCACCGACGCCUUCAGCCGAGAGUUCCGGACCCUGUACGCGGCCUCCUGGCCGCUCCCGCCCGUGCCCGCCCCGGGCCCCUUUGUCAGGGCCCCGGGGGGUCUGCCGCUGGCUCACAGCCGGCACCACGUGGCCCGCCGCUGCUCCGUGGCCCCCCUGAUGCCACCACCGCCGCCUGAGGACUCGCUGGCCCAACGCCUGGCCGCAUGCCGAGUCUUCGAGGGGGGCAGGCAGCAGACCCCAGCUGUGCCCGGGCCAGCUCUUAGCGACAUCCUGAGGAGCGUACAGCGUGCCCGGACCCCCAGUGGCCCCCCGGCCCGGCCCAGCCGCUCCCUAUGGGACCUGAGCCGCCUGUCCCAGCUGUCGGGCUCUAGUGACGGUGACAACGAGCUCAAGAAGUCCUGGGGCUCCAAGGACACCCCAGCCAAGGCCCUGAUGAGGCAGCGGGGCGCCGGAGGGGCCCCCAGCGGUGAGGUAGACUCCCAUCCGCUGGCCCGGUCCCAGCCCCGGGGUGGCCCCCUUCCCCUCAUCCCUGCCCGCCACCUCCGCUAUCUGUCCCCGACCCGAAGGAGGCUUGAUGAAGAUGCUGUGUCCAACCUCCCGGAAUACAGAGGCAUCUGGCAACCGGACCGGGCCGCCCAGCCAGGACUCAGGGGGUGGCCCUGACAGGAGCCAAGGCCAAGUGGGGCUGGCUCCGUCCCAGGACAGUCGGACAACUGUCAGUCAAAGCCCCUGCCUCCCUGUUGUACCUUGGACAAGGCUUCUGGCCUCAGUGUCCGGGAGGUGGAAGGGAUUAUUUUUCUUUUCACUUGUUCUAGAACUUGGGCAAGCCCAGUGCUCACUCUAGACCUCAGUGUCACAGCCUAGAAAAUGGGAAGAACGUCUCCACCAGCUGGGAUCCUAGAAGAGCACACAUCCUGUUCCAGCCGGGUCAGAACUUCUCUGAGGGGCCUGGCUGAGUGGCUCCCAUGCUGGAAGAUGGGGUGUCCUUGGAACAGAGGGGAGGCUUCCUGGACCCGCCUGUGCUCAGGAGCUUUGGGUAAACUGAGCUUGGCCAAGGAGAGGAGAGAAUCCGAUCAGGGAAGCCAAGCUGAAUCAUGAGGGACUAGAAAUUGGCGAGGGCACACCUGCCGGGGAAAGGUCAGGGCCAUGGAGAGGGACAGAGCAGGUGCUGGAACUGUUUUGUGGGCGCUAAGGGAUCGGUCA